UUUUCUUUUAAGGUUACAAGAAGUUGAAACAAACGGCUCACAGCCUCCCAGAAUGGCAGACCAGAAGCGCCUUGCCUACUCCAUCAUCCAGUUCCUCCAUGACCAGCUACAGAACGGGGGUCUGUCUCCAGACGCGCAGGAGAGUUUAGAAGUGGCCAUCCAGUGCCUGGAGACAGCAUUUGGGGUCUCAAUGGAAGACCAAGGCCUAGCUGUGUCCCAGACUCUUCCUGAAAUAUUUGAAGCUGCCACAGGAAAGGAGCCUGAACACACCAGAACAAAUUCAGAGCCCUUCAUCCCCUCUGAAGAUGACAUAGCUGAAGCUGAAAGGCUCAAGACUGAAGGAAAUGAACAGAUGAAGGCAGAAAACUUUGAAGCUGCUGUGUCUUUCUAUGGAAAAGCAAUUGAGUUAAAUCCAUCCAAUGCUGUGUAUUUUUGCAACAGAGCUGCUGCGUACAGUAAACUAGGAAACUAUGCCGGAGCAGUGAGAGACUGCGAAAGAGCUAUAGGCAUUGAUCCGCACUAUAGCAAAGCGUAUGGCAGAAUGGGCUUGGCCCUCUCCAGUUUAAAUAAACACUCAGAAGCUGUCGUUUACUACAAAAAAGCCCUGGAGCUGGAUCCAGACAACGAGACGUACAAAUCAAACUUUAAAAUAGCUGAACAGAAAAUGAAGGAGACUCCUAGUCCAACCGGAGGUCCAGGAGGACUCGAUUUGGCUGGCUUGCUGAACAACCCUGGCUUCAUGAGCAUGGCAUCUAAUCUAAUGAACAACCCACAAGUACAGCAGCUCAUGUCUGGGAUGAUUUCUGGUGGCCACAACACCAUGGGAGCAGCAGGCACCAGCCCCUCCACGAAUGAUCUCGCCAGCCUCAUACAAGCGGGCCAGCAGUUUGCUCAGCAGAUGCAGCAGCAGAAUCCUGAAUUAAUAGAGCAGCUCCGAAGCCAGAUCAGGAGUCGAACUCCAAGUGCCAGUAACGAAGAUCAGCAACACUCCAGCGCAGUCCGUGGGAACUACGUUCUUUGCUUUAAAAACUGGAAGCCAUGUGCGUGUUGCCAUUUCUUGAGUUGGAAGUGUCCAAGAAGGGGAAAAAAAAUAAUGGAAAAACAAAAUACUUUGUAUGACCUGCAUGUCUGUAGCGACAUUGCCAGCAUUGUUAACGCACGGGAGUUUGGUGGUCACCUCUCGAAGGUUCAUGUAAAUGUGGUGGAGUUGGGGCUGGCCAGGCCAAACGCACCCGUGUACGACUGCUCCUUUAGUGUUUCCAGGUCCUGA